AUGCAUUGUUACGGUCACACGCUGUUUAGUUUAGUGGUCUCGUUUGCAUAUCGUUAUUACAUUUUGGUGCAUGAAAAACCCAAGAGAUCCACCAUCAUUUUCAUUAUUAUUACUGUAUAUUUGCCAUCUUUUCUUGCAUUUAAACCGGAACGAUUUUACUUCCUUCUCGCUCGACGGCUGAAUUGGAAUAGCAUGGUGGGAUGUAAUUUUAUUCUGUUUUGGUACCGACAGCGAAGACCAGGGAAGCAGGUUAUUCAUUCAAAUAUAGGCUACGAUUUGACCUCGGAAUGUGUGAGGGGUCAUGUGAAUAUUCUCAAAUGGGAGACCCUAAUCCCUGUGCUUUAUAUUGUGUUACCUGUGGUUCCCAUCUACACAGCUAUUCUAAUUCUUAAAAGCAUGACUAUGUCGAAACUGGUCAUUACAAGAGGCAUGUCUCAGUAUACUCGAACGUUUCACACACAACUGCUCAGAGCACUCAUCGUGCAAGCCUGCCUACCUGUUUGCUUUCUUCUCGCUGUUGUAACCUAUGGAAUAAGUCAACUCAACAUUUAUCACCAUCCAUCUCUCGAACACUCGAUCUCUUUUAUGUUCGGAGCUCUUCCAGUAUUGAGUCCUCUGACGUCAUUGUUUUUAUUCGACCUUAUCGUAUAUGGAUACAAAGGAAAUUAUGGCAGAAUUCCUGCGCUUCAUCGACGAGCAGUAAUC